CCGGGCGCCGCGAGCGGGGAGAGGGGGCAGCAGAGGGCGAGCGGCGAGCGGCAAAGAGUGAAGUGGGCACCGCGGCUGCGGCGGCGAGCGCGGGGCCGACGAGCAUGAGCGCGGCGGCGGCGGCGGGCGCGGCGCGGGGCUCGGGGCCGGCGGGGUGGCGGGCGGCGCGGGCCGCCCAGUAGCGGCGGGCGUGCGGCGGGGCGGCCGGCGGGGCAUGCGGCCGGCGGCCGGUCCGGGAGCCGGAGCGCCAGCCCGAGCCCGCGCCCCCCGCGCCUAAGAGCGGGCGCUCUCCCGGCGCCGGCCCCGGAGCCCCGAGUCCCCGCGGCCCCGCAGCCCCCGGAGCUGGGACAACUGUUGCGGCGGCGGCGGGGGCACCGCGGGGGCAUGAGCGGCCCCGCGCCCCGGUAGGCGGCUCAGCCCCGCGGGCGCCGGCUCCCGGCGGCGGAGCAAGGAGCGAGCGGGCGGCGGGCACAAGGCAGCGCGCGACGAAUCGAUGCAAGCCAAACGAUGACCAGUUGUGGCCAGCAGCCCCUGAACGUGCUUGCCGUCCUCUCGUUGCUGAUUUCCGCAGUCUUGUCCGCGCAUUUCCGGGUCUGUGAGCCAUACACGGACCACAAAGGCCGCUAUCACUUUGGCUUCCACUGCCCCCGGCUCUCGGACAACAAAACCUUCAUCCUCUGCUGUCACCAUAACAACACGGUUUUCAAAUACUGCUGCAAUGAGACAGAGUUCCAGGCGGUGAUGCAGGCGAACCUCACGACCAGCUCCGAGGGCUACAUGCACAACAACUACACCGCCUUGUUGGGAGUGUGGAUCUAUGGCUUCUUCGUGUUGAUGCUGCUGGUCCUGGAUCUUUUGUAUUACUCGGCAAUGAACUACGACAUUUGCAAGGUUUACCUGGCACGGUGGGGCAUUCAUGGACGGUGGAUGAAACAGGACCCCAGGCGGUGGGGAAACCCUGCGCGGGCACCCCGGCCAGGGCAGCCGGCGCUGCAGUCCCAGCCUCCGCCGGGUCCCCUGCCGCAAGCCCCCCAGGCCGCACACACGCUGCAGAGAGAGAGCCGCAGCCCGCCGCUGAUGAGCUUCCAGGGUUCGUCUGCCUGAAAACCCUUUUGCCGUGCCUCAGGAUGGGGGAGGUGAGACCCAAGGCACCUGGCUCAGCCUCCGAGAAGUCCCACUUCAAGACGCCAGGGAGAGCCAGGACGGCCACGGCGGUGGCAGAGGAGAAAACGCUGCCUGUGCCCGAACCCUUCCUCGGACUUCUAACACUACGAGCAAACUCAGGGGUGGGGGCCGGGUGCAGGGAGGGGCUUCUGAGCCACCCGUCCGCAAGCAAUAGUCCCAUUUUGGGCCGGUGGCUUCUGAGAGGUGGCGCCACGGUGGACUCAGGGUGACCGACACAGCUGCCCUGGCCGAGUGAAGCCGGGAGGAUUCAGGCCAUGUGUCGUACCCGUGCGUGGUUCCCUUGCCCCCUCCAGUAGUGGCCUGCGGGCCUAUCUGUGUCAGAAUAUCGAAUGUGAGUGUGUGUGCGUGCGUGUGCGUGUGUGUGUGAUCAGGGGUAUCCUUUUUGUUUGUUUGAUUGGUUUUAUUGGGGUCCCCCCAAGUUCUCUGAUGGGCCUGAGUCACCUUGUGCUGGGGGUCUGGCCCAGCGUCCGGGCUCCAGCUUCUUGCUGCAGCUGUGAGCCAGAUGGAGUUGGUAAGCACAGGGCACAGCCCCACUGUGUCUCAGGGGGUGCUGGGGAUGCGAAAUGCCGGUGGGGUUUCGUUCUUAUGGAAUUUGUUCCCAUAAUGACAGUGAUAAUGAGAGACACGUCUCAGGCCAUCCUCGGGGCAGGCACUAGAUUAUCUUCACGUAUGCCCUCUCUCAUCACCUGGGAGGUGGGUGGGAUGAACUCCCUGCAGAAAUGGCCCAUGUCUCACAGCCAGGAGGAGACCAGUCCUCGGUUUGACCUCAGAGGUAUAAGAACCCAAAGUCCAAGCUCCCCAGCCCAGGGUACCCCCAACACAGUCCCUGGAGCAUCUCCCCAGUGGCUUCUCAGUGGAUGGGCCAUCACCCAAGCUCUCCACCGUCGCUGCCCCAGGACCCUGCUAUACACGACACAUUCUGGGUAAGCACCUACUGUCUGCCAGUCCUCUGCUGGGCGGCGAUCGGGAAAGGAGAUGAGUCAGGCUGGCCUCGUCCCUGCCCUGGGGAAGCCGCAUCUGGUGGGAGAGCCAGACACACAGAUCAUUGCUGGACAGAGUGAUGAGCACUAUGGAAGUGCAGAGGGGAAGGUUCUAGAAGCCCUUCCCUUUUAAGGCGGGACUUCCACAAAAACUUGGAUGCCCGUAACAUCUGUCCACAGAGCUCACCACUGCCACCACCCACCCCGCCAGCCCGGGGGCACACACACGGCAGGGCAUGACCUAGGAAAUGAUCACAUAAAUCCCCGAGGGCCAAGGUGGCAGUGUAGACACCCUCAUUCCCCUGGUGUUAGUGAAGCCAAAAUCUCCCUCCAGCACCCAGCUGGGUGGGCCCGGCUCCUCUGCUCUCAUACCCUCACUCAGCAGGACCCAGUGUCUUCCACAGACCCUCUGCCCAUCAGACGUGGCAGUGAGCAGGCAGGCCCCUGCUCGUGGUGCUGGUGUCCUAGCUGGGGGAGAGGACAGGGAAGAAAUAAGCAGUGAAUAAGGAAGGUAGCAAUAGCAGUGAGCCCUAAGCCAAGAAUUUGGUCAAAACAAUGUUCAUGAGGGUCCUGUUGAGCUUGGGUGGUCUGGGAAGGGCUUUCUGAGCAGGCUAAGCCCAGCUCUGAAUGAUAAGCAAGAGCCAACCAUGGACAUUAAAGAUAAGAGAGCAUUCCAGGCAGAAGGAACAGCUAGUGCAAAGGCCCUGAGGCAGCAACUAGCUUGAUGCUUUCAAGGAAUCAAAAGAAAUCCAGGUUGGCUGGGACACAGAGGAAGGGCGGAAAGAGAGGUGGGUGAGACCCCAGAUGCUGUGGUCCGCUGUGAGUCACCUUAGCCUGGAAAAACAUAACACCCGCCCUUUGAUAAAGCAGAAAGAAGUUUCUAGGGUGUCAAGCAUUUUCCAUCCAGCCUGGCCUUUCAUCCUCUCAAAGCCCAUAAAGAAGGGGCUCUCCCCAUUUCGUGGACCAGGAUGCUGAGCCUCAGAUGGGUCAGGCGGCUUGCCCAAGGUCACACAGGCAAGCUGAGGAAGACCCGGACCUGUGGCUUGAGUCCCGUCUUCUCCAGGGCCCAGGUGUACAGCUUUGGCAGAGGCAAUGUCAGAGAACCUUUGCUUGGGGUCUUGAUUAGGGAUAGGCGUGGCUUUCUUUACCCUGGACGCUGAGACAUGCCAGGACCUGUCCCUGGGCCUUGCAGAGCAGUAGUUGCCCUGGAGGCAUGCUCAGCAGCCAUUCAGCCCAGCUGGAUCAGCACACACCUGCAUCCCAUGUGCAUAGCCUCGGGAAUCAGAGAAACCUGAGCCUUGGGGAGAGGGGUGUGGGCACAGAGCCAGAUUCUGACAUCAGCUCUGCACUGAGACCAGUGUGACCUCAGGCAAGUCCUGCGCCUUCUCUGCCUUCACUAAAUGGAAGGGCUCAGACCAGGUGUUUUUAGGGGGCUUGCAUCUCUGGCUUCCUGCGGUUCUGGGUGCUGCUCAUGCAGCUGUUCAUACGGAGACGCUUCCUCUGCCGAGAAGGAGCUGGUGGCCUUGCCUCUCUGCCCCGAACACUAGAGCCAGAGGUCACUGUCACAGAGGCCAGCAAGGGCUAGGGUUCCCCUGAUCUGCAUCCCUGGGCUUGAGAACUUGCAAGGCGCUGCUCCUGACUCCACCAGAGGUCUUUCCAGGAGCGACUGACGACCCCGUGGAGGUUGACUGUUGCAGCCGGUCUGGGGAUCAGAAUCCUCUGUUGUACGCAGGCGGCCCCUCAUCGUGAAGCUCAGCAGACAUCACAGACUUAGCAAACUGACACAGGGCAGCCUGGGAUGCAGGGGACGGAGUGCAGGGACCCACAGCACUCGCUGCCCCUUCCCCGCUGGGUGGUAUUGGGCAAAUCGCUUCACCUCUCUGAGCCUCACCUGUCAAGUGUGUGGGGUGUUGGCGUGGGACGGAGUGGCUGAGGGGAGAGGGCAGUGUGCAUGGGUGUGAAUGCCCAUCUGAAAGGCACACGUGUGCGGUCCAUUCCCUCUCGAUGUCAAGGGCUCCUCAAAGCCCCUGGGACAUGGGCCAUCCUGACAAAAACCUGCCCCAUCCUACCAUGGCAGGCAGAAGUGCCAAUGAGUAGAGUGUCCCUGAGAAUAAGAUGCAGGGUAGUGACACGUUCAAGUAGAGAUUUACAGAGUUAGUGUUUUUUAGUGACUCCCUAACCUGAUUUUUCGAGCUGCCUAGUUUUACUUUUUACUGUGAGCUUCUGGCUAUAACCACAUAAUUUGUAAAAAUAACAAUAAUAAUACUACGAAAAGAGAAACAAAAAGAAGAGAAAGAAGAUGGCAAUAUAUCCGCUGAGGAACUUGUCUUUGACUCCCUGUAUUUGUAAGGACUUUUUCCCACUGGGAACUGUGUGUUAUAACGAGCAGUUUUAUGCUUUCCUUCUCAUCUGUGUAUAGCGUAAUUGUGCGUUUUGGAAUCUCUACGCAGAACCAAUACCUGGUAGCACCCAUGGGCCUCUCUGCCCCCACCUGAACCUCUGAGAUCCCCCUGCACCUCAAGGAGCAGCCCGCUAGCGCAGAAGGGCCUGGGGCCGCCAGCUGCCAGCCCGACAUCUGACGCUGACGGGGACCAAUAGGAAACAGGCCUUAACUGAAAGCACACGCACGCACACACACACAUGCACACAUGCACACAUGUGAUUCUGCAGGUAGAUCCCGUCUCUCUGAUAAGCCCGUCUCUGAUGCUUUAGAGAAAUAGCAGGUAGGCAGCUAGCGUUCCUGGAGUGGUGGCAUUUCCCCUCUUCAUCCAAAAAACCCUUCAGGCAAAUUCAUCCCCAGGGCUAGAAAGGAGGGCUUGGGGGCAUCAGGGAAAACACAGCCAGGAAUGGGGGUUAACAGGCUUCUGCUACCAAGAGAUGCUUCUCAGCUCACCAUCAAAUCAAAAGCUCCCUUUAGGCCAUUCCCGUCACAUCGAGCCCGGCACCGUCUCCCAUGCACCCAGCAGACCCCCCAGACCCCUGUCCACACCAGGCCGGUGUCCCGGCCCUCUGCUGUCCCUCCAGACCACGGUCCCUGCCCAGGCCCUGUCUCCUGGCUCCUCUGACACCCCAUUUACUGUGUCUACUACUAGAGGUUGUGCCGUAAAAGCAGACUAGUUUCCCAGAGUCACAGACUUUUUAAAAAUUGUUUAUUGAUUUAUUUUCAUUUUUUCAGCUUGGCUGAUUGGUCCCCACCAAUGGGAGGAGCCAUGCCUUAGGUGGCCCUCAGAGGUGAAUGUGCAGAUUCCGCAGCGAUCCAAGUUGACGUGAUGGCCCCGAGAGGAGUUGCUGGGGGCAUUUCAUUGCAGACACGUCCGGGUGGGCCCCCCUCUCUGCGGCAACCUUGGGGGGUUCUUAUCUUACUGCUCACCUGGCGAGCAUAGACAGUGUCUACCUGUCCCCACAGGCCAUCUGAAAGGUCAGCGGGGACUGGGUGGGUGACACUCUGGUCACUGCCACCUGCAGGCCCAGAACUCACCACCAGGCUGGGGUGAUGUCCUGUCCCCUCCAGAAAACAAACACGGCUCACCCUCCGUCUGACCGAUGCCACGCCAGGCUCCCCAGCCCUUCCUUACAGCACAAAUGCAGCCCCAGAUGGUGAUUAAGUGAAUGUAUGCAGCUUUGGAGCCCGUGGCCUGAAAACUUGAAUGUUGAGUUGAGCAGUCAGGUGGGAUAGAAGAUUCUAGAAAUUCCAUUUGUUCAUGCAUGCAUUCAUUCAUCUAUUCAACAAAUAUUUACCCAGUGCCCCUCCGGGAGCUGUUCCUGCUGUAGACGGAGAUGUCAGGGAACAUGCCGUGUCUGAGGGAGAGGCUGGGAUCACCUGUGAAAUGACUUGUUGUGCCUAACGGUUAGGAAUGCUCAAAUUCAUAAGGAGAAUAAGUGACCUUGGAGGUGGCAUUGUCUCCCCCCUGCCCCGCCCCCAAGUUUUCAGUCCAAGAUGCUGCCAGACAGUUGGUGCUAGAUAGAUGCUUGAUGAGUGAGCAGCUUUGGCUAUUAGUUACACUCUACCUAAAACUCCUAUCUUCACAUCAAAACCCUGACCUGUUUGCCCUUGACAGACUGAAAUUCAGGGCUGCUGCAGUGCCCACCUCCAGGGGGCACCGUUUCUAUAGACUGUGCUGUGAACAGUGACCCCAGGGAUGGUGCAGUGAGGUGCCCUGUGAAUUGCCCUAAACUGCUCUCCGAAAUGUGCAGGAUCCCAUCAAAGUCAGCGAACCCCAGGAAGGGUCACCGUGCACAUGAUCAAAACUUACAGAUUACACGGCCUCUGUGGGCAUCCAGUGUGGCCACAACUGGAACCAAACUGGUGUCCCCAAGAGAAUCUCUUCUUAGAAACUCACCUCAAGUUCUCACCUCGGUUCCUUCCUGUCUCUUCCCCAUCUUCUAGGUUAAAGCUAGUGGGAUACGUCACUGUCAAAUAACCAAACAGUCAGGGUCUGGGUGAUGGACAAUAACUAAGUGGGGACAGCGAGAGUGGGGGGCUUUGUCACCCUGACAAGGUAGGACCUCCCCCCAAGUUCGGAUCAGCCGGACAAGGGCGCAGACACCAUGGGACAGACUUGUCUCUCUCCUGUAAACCCCUACUUCACGUGAGCAGGCGUGGGGUCUCUCUGAGAGCUGAUAACCGGGAAAACCAAAAACCAAUAAUAUUCCUAAUAAUAAUAAUAUAAUGUAAUAAUAAUAAUAAUAAUGUGUUUUACACGGACCGCUGUUGCACUGCUUUUGUCUUUAUAUACAGUAGUUUUUAUAAAGAUGUCCUUAGGUUUUAAUAAAGGAGUGUCACGUCAA